UGCCCCUGGUUCUCUGGUCUCUUUUCUUGCUCUUUCUCGCAACGGACCCGCAACGGACGGUACAGAGUCAGAAUGCAGAUACAACACGUCCGGGACCUGUGCGCCGUACCGGGGGCCGCCGCCGCCGCCGAGCUCAACUGCACGGGCGACAUCCUGUCGGUGCAGAACCUGCUGCCACAGCUAGCGGCACCGGAAAACAAACCGCACCAGUGCCAGCAGUGCUUGAAGAGCUUCUCCUCCAACCAUCAGCUGGUGCAGCACAUCCGCGUCCACACCGGCGAGAAACCCUACAAAUGUUCCUACUGUGAUCGAAAGUUCAAGCAGCUUUCCCAUGUGCAGCAGCACACGCGCCUGCAUACCGGUGAACGCCCGUACAAGUGCCACCUGCCAGACUGCGGUCGCGCAUUUAUUCAGCUUUCCAACUUGCAACAGCAUUUACGAAACCACGAUGCCCAAGUCGAGCGUGCCAAGAGUCGCCCAUUCCACUGUAACCUGUGCGGCAAGGGCUUCGCUACCGAGUCCAGUUUACGGACCCACACCUCCAAGGAGUUACAACUACACCUGGGCGUACUGCAGCAGCAUGCGGCUCUGAUCAGCAACUCCAACAGUGUGACGUGCAAUGUGUGCAGCAAAAUUUUCCUCGGCGUCGAAGCGCUGAACGAGCACAUCAAGUACACACACAAAGAAGUGGCUGUUAAACGGCGCGUGGCGAACCACCCCUGCCCGAUGUGUGGCAAGCACUACGUCAACGAGGGCUGCCUCCGGAAGCAUCUGCUGACGCACCCGCGGACCCCGACAUUCCGAUCCAACUUGCAGAUGUGGCCGUGCUCGGUGUGCCAGGCGGUGUUUACGCAUGAAUCGGGGUUGAUUACGCACAUCGAGCACAUGAAGAUGGACCCGAAGCACCAGUUUGCGGCCCAGUACAUGUUCACCAAGGCCGUGGUCGAGCAGCGAGAGAAGGAGUCAGGCCUGGUGGGUAUGGCCGGUCUCUCGAACCCGAUGGCCGCCGUCAAGGAGCUGACCCACAACAGCAUCUCCCCGCUGAACUACUCGGAAAACUCGUCCACGAUGGGCUCGGAGAAGAAUGGCGAUGGCGGUGGGACGACGGGCACCGUUGGGGAAGGGGGCAGCGGGAGCGGGGCGGGUGGUGGGUCCACGGUAUUCGAUAACCAUCGGUUGCCGAACCCACACGGGCUCCCGUUCGGGGCGACGCUCGGCGGCGGCAACAACGGCAGUGGCGUCUCCGGCCUGAUCGGCACCGGUGGUGAACCGGGCGGAGGAGGGACGGCGGGAGGGGGCGCCGGUGACGGGCCCCUGUGUGGUGGGGGCGGUGGGGGCGGAGGCAAUACGAUGGAUAACAAUAAUAGUCAAUUUUCGCGCAUGAUGAUGAUACAGGAGCCAAAGUUCGAGCCGGACCUGAUGCUGCCGGCGGACGGGACGCCGUCCGCCGUGCAGGCGGCCGUCGUGAACCUGGCGACGGCCAUGCGCAUCGGGCAGACGUUCAAGAACAGCUCCGCCAUGCACGGCGGCGACCUGCACGGUAACGCGAACCUUGCUAACCGUCAAAAAUAUCCCGUGGCGUCUACAGAGUCCCCGCUCGGUCAGAACCACUGUCCGGCCACCUCGGAGACGGCGAUACGGAUCCAGCAGGCGGAAGCGAUCCUGCGCUCGCAGGCCGAGGCCGCCCUGCGGCUCGCCGUCUCGCAGGCGCAGGCCGUCGUCUCGUCCAACGCCAGCAUCGGCAACGGCAUCGGCGGCGGCCUCGGCAACGGUAUCGGCGGCGGCCUCGGUGGUGGUGGCGGUGGCAUUGGUGGCGGUGGAUCCGCGGGCUCCGGUGGCGUCCCGCUCGGUAGUCUGCUGGGGCACGCGCACAAUCCGCACGGUCCGUCGCUCGGUCGUUGCCACGAGGACACGCGCUCUGGCGACACCUGUGCCACCUUCGAUCCGACGGGCGAGCACCUGCGGGCGGCCAUGCGCGAGCACCACCACCAUCAGCAACAGCAACAGCAACAGCAACAGCAACAGCAACACCAGCAGCAGCAGCAGGCGAACGACGACUGCCACCCGUUCGCGCACAGCCCGGUGCAGCGCAAUGGCCUAGACUUAACCGACGAGUUCCUAAAGAGUGAGAACGUGCUGAAGGGAUGAGUGUAGAGCCGGGCACGUUCUCGAUCUCGCCACACUAGCCCGUGGCCGGGCCGGGCCGGGCCGGAUUUUCAUAGCUUUUUCCGGGAGCACCGUUUGUGAGAGAAGCACAGAAAGACACAGAGA